AUGGAGGAAUUCUUGACAGAAAUGAGUGAAGAAGAAAUUGAAAAUUCAUGUAAGUCCUUAGCAAGAGUUAUCUCAAGAUCAAAGCACGUUGUUGUACUAACAGGAGCGGGGAUAUCAGUUUCAGCAGGGAUUCCAGAUUUUAGAUCAAGAAAUGGGAUGUGGAAGAGAUAUGAGCCAAAAAUUUAUGGGAGUUAUGAGAAUUUUAUCAAGAGACCAGAAAUGUUUUGGAAAAUGUGUAGUGAAUUACGAAAGUAUACAGAAGGAAAGAAACCAACAAAAGCACAUUUUGCAUUAAGAAAAUUAGAGGAAAUAGGAAAAAUAGAAGAAAUAAUUACACAAAAUGUAGAUAAUUUACAUCAAUUAGCAGGAAGUAGAAAAGUAAAUGAACUUCAUGGAACAGGAAAAAUAUGUCAAUGUAUUAAAUGUGGAUAUCGAGGGAAUGCAGAUGUAAUAUUACCAAAAGGACUUAUUCCAUGGAUUGAUAUUCCAAAAUGUCCAAAAUGUGGAGGACUUAUUAAAUUAGAUGUAGUAUUAUUUGGAGAAGAAUUAGAAAAAGAAAAAUUUGAAAAAGCAUUUGAAGUAGCAAGUAUAUCAGAUGUUUUUUUAGUGGUUUGUUUAUAA